CGAGAAGAGUCCAGCAGCGGGGCCAGUGUCCACACAUGGGACAGAGUCCAACCUAGUCCAAACCAACCUCCACCUCCGGCCUCCACCUCCGGCCUCCACCUCCGGUCAUCCGGUCAUCCGCACCUUCAACCCUCCAACUCCCCAGGUGAAGCAUCAGGUUUCCCCUUCUCCGUCUUUGCGCGGUGCGUGUCUCAGGUCGGACAAAAUGGCAGCCAUUCCAUCUGGAGGUUCCCUGAUCGCCACGCACGACUACUACAGACGACGUCUGGGCUCGAGUUCCAGCAGCAGCUCGUGUGGCAGUGCGGAGUACACAGGAGAGGUCAUUCCACACCACCCAGCGCUGCCCCGCCAGGACUCGGGACACUGGUGGACGUCCUUUUUCUUCGCGAAACCCGGGAUGCAGAACGGAUCGGACUCUCAGAAAAAUGGCUCGUACACAGUGGCCAACGGUCAGGUGACGUGUUUAGCCAGAGAAAUGGUUUUGAAGAGACAAGUCAGUGAGACGAGCGACGGCGGGAAGUCUGACCCUUCACCUCUGACCCCUCCGUCCUCAUAACCCUGACCUCACGACCUUUGCCCCCCUGCAGGUCACCGUGGCCUCGUAGUCCGGCCCCGGGGCUGGAGACGAGGAGCGCGGUGACGAUGACGUGGAGUAAAGAGUUUUUUUUCUUGAACUUCUGUGUAUAGUGUUUUGUAAAUCGACCAAAAUGUGUAAAAAUAGAAUGUGACAUAUUUUUUCAUAGACGAGUGUGAAUAUCUCCAAAUAAAACAUGAAAACGCUUUU